GCUGCUUCUGCUGAUCGGACGGCCGCCUCCCAGCCCUGUCAACGGCUCCAGAGGGGGCAGCGUUUGCACUUGGACAGCCGUUCCGGUGCGUUGCGGCCAGCACAGCUCGACGCCGCCUUCUUCCCACGCGCAAAACGGCCUCUCUACAUACUGUCUCCAGCGCUGGGCCGGCCUGAAGGGUUGACGGUCUCCCCCAACGUCUCAAACAGGUAUAUCACGAUGCUGUCCAGGUCGAAUUCCCCCCAUCCGCGGGCUGGCCAAUGGACGAACGCCGGUGGGGCGCGCUAGAGACCCGCUAAAAAAGGCCGCUGACUGUGCGCUCUACCGCCUUCCGCAUGGGGCCUAGCGGCUCCCGUGCAUCCACAGCGGCCAUAAUCUGGGCCCUGGCCUGCCUCCAACUCACCGCCAGAGACUCUAAUUGUAGACGCUGUGCUCUCGUCCGCUGCCGGGGUGCGUCUUUUAGUCCACUGGCAAACUGAUUGAUGUACAUACAUGUAUCCAUGUAUUGCGUCUUGCCGGCCAUGUACUCGAUAUGCACUCGGCCAUGGGGGUCGGUGGCUCGUGAUCAUCCAGCCAUCCAGCAGCAUCAAUCAUCAUCAAUCAAUGGGCCAAAAAGUACCUAACAUGAUGCAUCCAUGUCAGUCCGUGCAGCCCGCCAGGCGACAGAAUACCCACCAAUCCGUCACCCAUACGAACUGCUAUUCGGCGACUCCCGUUUGGCCCAUCGACUUUACCACCACCACCAGCACCAUCAACGACAUCUGCUGCAACAACCACAACAACACCCACAACACAGUUCCACAUGUCCAUGAGACACUGACCAAGUAUACGCCAUGUAAUCGUACCAUUUGGCUGCGGACAUUCUUGCAACGGCCAUGUUCUGGCGCCACUUGGAUGCUGAGUGUGACCUGCGUGAUGUGAUUCGCUACGCGCCUGCCUUGAAACCACUCGAAACCUAUCACGCCUCGCCUCUCUCCACCUGCGACGCUUUCGUCCAAAGCCUCUUAAUGCUCGAAGCGCCUCGCGCUGUGCACUUUCCCCUCCCCUACGUAUUCACGCACUCUCGUUUUUCCAUUCUCUCCUGCUGCUGCUGGUGCUGGCUGCUGCUCAGUAUUUUCCCUUCUACCCUUCUUCUCCGCCAUCCUACUUUUAAUACUCAACUUCUGUACUUGUAUUCUUUGCGAGCACGCCGGCCGGCUCUGCGCUCGACUUGCCCUCAUUUGUCUCUUUCUGCCCGUAUCUUCGUAGACGAAGCUGGAAACGCCGCCACUUCUAUUCGCUCACCCAUCUGUGUAUUGCAUUGAUCAACCGCCAACAUGCCCACCAAACUCAUGAUGAUCUUCGUGGGGCUGGACUUCAUCUUCGCGGGAUGCGGAGGUCUGGUGCUGGGCUUCACGCUUACCUCGGAGCAGCGCAUGCGCGAAACUCCCACCAUUGACAAUGUCAUACAGAACCUUCUGCUUGGCCAGUGUCCGCUAACAGCCGGUGUGGUGAAUGCCAUCUUCAUCUUCGUUACCUUCCUCCUAUCUCUGCCCGGUCUCUUCCUGCCGACCAAUCGAGGCUGGCUGCGCGCCCAGGGCUGGCUCGUCGUCUUCUGCGCAAUCUUCACUCUUGGUCUCGGUCUCGCGGUUUGGGUAGAGACGCUGCAAACUCGAACCGGUCUCAGCCACAUCUGGGCCAGGGAGACUCCCCUCGUCCAGAGUCUACUCCAGCAAAAGUUUGACUGCUGCGGAUACUUCAAUUCAACCUCACCUCCCUUCCAGCAAGACAACACCUGCAUCAACUCGUUGGUGGCCGCGCAAAAGGGUGGCUGCAUUGGACCGUUUUCUUCUGCAUCCAACAAAUACCUCGAUCUUAUCUUCACUGCGGCUUUCGGUAUCGUGGGCGUCGACACCCUCCUCGUCCUCUGCGUCGCCAUGGUUCUCAAGUACAGGCAAGAGCAGGAACGCUACAGGCACAUUGACGAGAAGAACGGCUUGGGAGGAUUGUAAA